AAUAAGGAUUCUGCGUGUUAUAAUUCUUUUUACAACAAAUGCUAUAAAAUAAUAUUAAAUAAAUUACAACAAAACUGUGUUAAAAUUCAAUUUCCGUGCAACAAAUAAACGAAAAACGAAAAUUAUAAAAACAAACACACUUACACGCAUAAAUAAAUAAAAUGGAAAUUUAUAUUUUACUAACGUGUCUGCUACAAACUGCCCUUGCAGCACCUCAGCUCAUCUCCUUUAAGGAUGGCAAAGUGGGUGUCAAUUUUUUGGGUUAUCAUGCUGAGGCCGGUUUGGGAGGUGGCCAAAAUGACGGCGGUUUAUUAGGUGGCCUACAUGCAUCGGCUGGCACACCUUGGGGUCAAAAUGCUGCUGCUGGUUUGGGAGGCAAUGUUAAUGGACGUGCUGCUGGUGUUUUAUAUGCUGGAGCACAGGCAACACCAGAUGUUGGUGCCGGCGCUGUAUUGGGUGGUGAUACAUCUCAAGGUGGUUAUAGUGGUUCCGAAGCAUAUGCCAAUGGUAAAGUUUCUAGCCGCACACGUACCAUUGUGGCCGGUAAUACUCAAGUCUCACAUGGAGGUGCAAACUCACAGUUGCCACCACAGCCCGUAACAGAAAAUGCCAAUGCCAUACAAAAGAUACGACCACCCAAGAAAUAUCAAUCAUCGGAAACGCAACGUCCUGUUAGACGGCAAUUGAUUGCUCCUCCACCAGCUCCUCGUGAUGUACCAGCACCACCCUGUGAUACUACCAAAUACGAGUGCAAAAAUGUCCACCGAGAAGUGCGCUCGGAUGUAGUACAAAGUGCUUUACAGAUUCCCAUUGGUAUUUUACAAUCUUUACAACAAAGCUUUGGUAAUUUUGGAGGUGCUCCCCCUAAAAGCAAUUAUUAAACAAGGCAUCUAUCUAUAUUUAUAUGUUUAAAGGACCUUAAAAAUUACUCAAUAUAUUUUUUAUAAAUUUAUCUAUAUGUAGCAUGCAAAUAGGGUUGAGUUUUUAUAAUAUAUAUUAAAAUAAUUAAAAUUUUGUAAAAAAAACUAAGCUUAAGUUUUGACAUUUAUUACGAUUCUUUUUAUAUACUUACAUAUGUUUAAUAAUAAAAAAAUAAAUAAAACUUUAAA